UCAUUUUCCUGCCAUAUUUACCAAGAGUGGGGACAGUGUUCCUUGUUAUCCCACGAGACACCAUACUAUGUCCAGAAUCCGAAUAUUCUAUCUCAAAAACUUCUCAAAUACGAAAUGGCUCUUUUCUCUAAGUUAGCAACUAAUUUCCAGUCAGUGAGUAAUUUUUUUUUUCCUGAAACAUCCACUCAGUGGAACACAAAUGAAAAGGGAAAAAAUUAAGUAAACAAAUCUAAAAAUGAGGCCACAACACACAGAGAAGGAGAACCCUCUAAAACUUACCAGUCAAGGAUCGCAGGCAAUUAAAGUUCAUCCCAAACAAAACCGUCAUUUUAACUGGUCCCUGAGUUGAGCCUCCCUUGGAUGAAUGACUUCCAGGGCCUCUGGCUCUUUGGGACUAAACGAGAAAAUUAUUUUUAGCACAACUAUUUGGAAAUCUUUGAGAACUUGGAUCUGUUAUUCUGUCUGGUACCAAAGCAAGGUUUUCACUGAGCGCUCAUGAAAGAUCCCCAGUCUCUUGUGGAUUUAGAAUCCUGCAGCAACCCGCCACCCAAGAGCAAGAGCCAAAGAUGUUUGUCUUGCUGUAUGUUACAAGUUUUGCCAUUUGUGCAAGUGGACAGCCGCGGGGUAAUCAGUUGAAAGGAGAGAACUACUCCCCAAGGUAUAUCUGUAGCAUUCCUGGCUUACCUGGACCCCCAGGCCCCCCCGGGGCAAAUGGUUCCCCUGGGCCCCACGGUCGCAUCGGCCUUCCGGGAAGAGAUGGUAGAGACGGCAGGAAAGGAGAGAAAGGUGAAAAGGGAGCUGCAGGUUUGAGAGGUAAGACUGGACCAGUGGGUCUUGCUGGCGAGAAAGGGGACCAAGGAGAGACUGGGAAGAAAGGACCUAUAGGACCAGAUGGAGAAAAAGGAGAAGUGGGUCCAGUUGGGCCUCCUGGACCAAAGGGAGACAGAGGAAAGCAAGGGGACCCAGGGCUGCCUGGAGUUUGCAGAUGUGGAAGCAUCGUGCUCAAAUCCGCCUUUUCUGUUGGCAUCACAACCAGCUACCCACAAGAAAGACUACCUAUCAUAUUUAACAAGGUCCUCUUCAAUGAGGGAGAGCACUACAACCCUGCAACAGGGAAGUUCAUCUGUGCUUUCCCAGGGAUCUAUUACUUUUCUUACGACAUCACAUUGGCUAAUAAGCAUCUGGCAAUUGGGCUGGUACACAAUGGGCAGUACCGGAUAAAGACCUUCGACGCCAACACGGGGAACCAUGAUGUGGCUUCAGGGUCCACGGUCAUCUAUCUGCAGCCAGAAGAUGAAGUCUGGCUGGAGAUCUUCUUCACUGACCAGAAUGGCCUCUUCUCAGACCCAGGUUGGGCAGACAGCUUAUUCUCUGGAUUUCUCCUAUACGUUGACACGGACUACCUAGAUUCCAUAUCAGAAGACGACGAACUGUGAUCAGGACUGCUGAUCUGAAGGUUCUGAGAUGCCCGUGGCAGGCAAUUGGAUCUAAUCUGGGGUUCUAGAAGGUGGAACAGGAAGGAAUGGGAUCCAAAGGGAUUCUCACUCAGAUUCCGGAACAUUUGCAGACAGUUCCAACAAAAUCUAUCCAAACAAGAUGAACCACCAAACAGUUGAAACCACACCAAAAUGAAUUAUUAAAACAAUAUCCCCAGAUAUGAAUUCUCUUGAAAGCAAUGUUUAUAAAUAUUUAAACAAAUGAAAGACAAUGUUAACAAAUUUUAUAUUAAAUGCCCUGCGUGAUAAAACCAGCUGGCAAUGAUAUUGCCUCAUUAAAUCUUCAAAAAAU